AAGUUGCUAUACUGUCUUCGUCGCUAGCAUUCAAAAUCGUUUCCGUUGCAAUGGUGAGAAAUUGUUUUUGGCUGCUCGAUCCGCAGCUGCUGUAAACCCGUGCAACUGUCAAAAUAAGUGACAGCUAGUAAUGAAGAGGGAUAACCGAAUGACCGCUUCGCAGAGUUUAAUUUCUGCAGGGAUUGCAGGCGUGUUUAGUAGAACGGCUACGUCUCCGCUGGACGUCGUUAAAAUUGUAACGCAAGUGGGAACGUUUCACAGCAAAAGAGGCUUGCUAAAUGCUUUCCACACAGUCUACCAGAAAGAAGGGCUCCGAGCUUUCUGGAAAGGGAACUCGGUGGCUUGCAUUCGUCUAGUUCCUUACAGCGCUGUUCAGCUGGCAACUUACAACAGGUUCGUACACCUGCACAUGGAUGACCUGGGUCAUAUUUCCCAGUGGAGAGCCAUCGUGGCUGGAAGCGUGGCCGGAAUUGUAGCUGCCCUGGUGAUAUAUCCCAGUGACGUCGUCAAGACGCGUCUGAUAGUGCAGAACAGCCUGGACCCGGCCUACAGGGGCGCGCUGCACGCUGUGCGCUGCAUCCACAGGAAGGAAGGCUUCCUGGCUCUCUAUCGGGGGGCCUCCUUAACAGUCAUGGGUGCUAUACCGUUUUCCUGUGGCUCGUUCUUGGUCUACAUACACCUGGAUAAACUCUGGGGUGAGCCCAGUGUCAGAUUCACACCACUACAGAAUUUCAUUAACGGCUGCCUGGCUGCAGGGGUGGCUCAAACACUCUCCUUCCCCUUCGAAACUGUGAAGAGGAAGAUGCAGGCUCAGAGCCCUGUCCUGCCCCACUAUGGGGGUGUUGAUGUUCACUUCACCGGCAUGGUGGACUGUUUCAGACAGGUAGUGAAAGCGCAAGGGUUCCUGGGGCUGUGGAACGGGCUGACUGCCAACCUUCUCAAGAUUGUGCCAUAUUUCGGUUUAAUGUUCAGCUCUUUCGAGUUUUGCAAGCGCGUUUGCCUCUAUAAAAACGGUUACAUCGUGUCUCCACUCAGUUACCAGCUGGCACCUGGAGUGGACCAGAGCCUCAGACCUCAAGAGCUGAGAGAACUGAGGAGGUUGCUGAGGAACAGAAGCUUCAAAUCGGAGCAGUCAGCUGUGAGCAACAGGUGGUGAGGCUGAGCCUGGGAAAAGCAGCAGCGACUACAGCAUUCGACCAAGCAAUACCUCUCCUGCCAACGCACUGAAGAUGCAGUUUUUUAUUUAACUC